CUUGUUCCCCCUUCGCUUGCUCGCUGCCGCUUCCGCUUCCGGUAGCAGCUAGCGGCUUUCUGCCCUAGGUGACCAUGGCGGGGAGCCGGCUGGAGACGAUUGGGAGCGUGUUUUCCCGGACCAGGGAUCUGAUGCGCGCUGGAGUGUUGAAGGAGAAGCCGCUGUGGUAUGACAUAUAUAAAGCCUUUCCACCGUUGAGAGAGCCUGUCUUCCGAAGACCCCGUUUGAGAUAUGGCAAAGCCAAAGCUGCCAUCCAGGACAUCUUUUACCGUGAGGAUCAGAUUCGAGCGAAAUUCUUCUCUGUCUAUGGAUCUGGUCACAAGGCUUUUGAUCUGUUCAACCCAAACUUCAAGUCUACCUGUCAGCGGUUUGUGGAGAAGUAUAUGGAGCUGCAGGAUCUUGGAGAGACAGAUGAAGAAAAGAUGUUUGUGGAGACGGGGAAGGCUCUGCUGGCAGAAGGCAUCAUUUUAAGACGUGUAAGAGAGGCAAGGAAUGUCAGUGUCAGACCCCAAGCUUCACCGGAAGGAAACCAGCCUCAGGAAGAUGCCCAGGAGCCAAAGACGGACGUCCCCUCUCCCUGAGGCCCUUCUGUGCACUGAGCGUGCCAACCACUUGGGACACUGCUCGGCUGAGCUGGACUCUGUUGGUCUCCGUCUCUCAGUUGCAGUUUCUGGGUUGUCAGAAAUCUCAGUACCGUGGAUUGAAAGCACCAGUUUUGUGAACUUUUAUUAAGUCGAUAACACCUGGAAACUUCCAAAGCUGCUUUAUGCUGGCUGUGGCUGCCGCAUUGAACCUCGCCCUUGUUCUCGUCUGGAUCCCACAGAAUUCUACUUGACCACAUAGUGUGAUCCCGAGUGUUUCUGUCUGCAGGUGGCGGCCUUUUGCUGUAUGUAGUGUUAUUGAGUGCAGCUUGAAAGGCCCAGCAGAGGCCCAGCCAGCUGCAGUAAGACUGAGGACCUGUCGGAUGUGGACGAAGACCAAAACCAUAACUUGGAUGUCAUGGAUUAAGUGUGUUGGAGAUGAUUAUUAUGGGCUUGCAGCUCAUAGGCGGCUUAGAAAUGUUUGUUGAAUAAAUAAAUGAUCACACUUAGCUAAA